AUGUACAAUUUAAGUGAAGAACUUGGUAUGGAUGAAAUAUCUUUGGCACCCAUCCUCGAACUGGCUAAACUAAGCGAGCACUGGUCAACGGAUAUAGAUACUCCUAUGGAUUCGGCUAUAUCGCCAGUACACCCAAGUGAAGAGAUCAAACCAUCAUGUAACAGUUCCUUGGUCCAACCCACGUAUCACAACGCAACAGGAAACGUUCAAAGCACCGCCAAAAUGGAAGAUUUAAAUCCCAUUACUGACAGGCUUGAAGCAUCCAAAGCAAAUUCAUCCCCUACACGAUUUACGAAAGCAGCAACGUUAACACAUGUUCUUAAUAUUUACCCCAUAUUUCUUCCAGUUCCAGAGAACCACACACCCUCUACUGCCGACGUUCCAAAAUCAUAUGUUGCAACAAAGCGGUCCCGUACCGCUUUCACUAGCCAGCAGCUUGUUGAAUUGGAGAAGGAGUUUCGACUAAACCGCUACCUUUGUCGUCCCCGGAGAAUUGAAAUUGCCACGAAGCUUACAUUAACUGAAAGACAAAUUAAAAUCUGGUUUCAAAAUCGGAGAAUGAAGCACAAGAAAGACCUUUUAGCAGGAGGAGACCACGCAAAAGAGCAAAACAUGGAAAAGCAUAAUCGCAAAGAGUUAACCCGAGUUUGUUCUUCGGCUACUAUUGAAAACAAAAAUAUAGUAAAUAGACUUAUGGCCCACUCGACGUAUGCUCCCAUUUCAUUAGCGUCUAAAAAGCAUGUGUCUGAUAAAAAGUAUUGCUAUAGCGAUGAGACAUCGGCUCAGUCAAAUCUGAACUUAGGAAAAUUACUGCCACCAUUUACGAAUCACAACGAAUCACUUUAUCAAAAUACUGGCUUCUAUUUUGAUAAACAGGAUUUAAGAAAACAUUAUAGCUCCCCCGAUAUAGAAGAUACGUAUCUUUCAGCCAUGAUCAAUAUUGGUUCUUCAAUCAGCGCGUCUUCUUCCUGGGAUGAAUAUUUCAACAGAAACAGUCCUCCAUACUCGAAUGUAAGUACAUCUCCCAAUUUCUAUGAAGUUGAUAAGCCAAAUAUGUUGCAGCAAACACCAAGUGUUACUAUUCAAUGGGGAAAUAAUGAGAACUAUUUCAAUAACAGUUCGACAGACAAGGCUUACACCACGAACAAUAACGCAUUAUCUGGUAAAAUUCAAUAUGAUUCUGCACAAUUGACAGGAAUGGCAUUACCCGAGCGAUUUGUUUCAUAAUUGAAAAAAAAAACGCUAUAACAAUAGGUGAAAUCCACUGCCUUAAAAAUGAUACUUUGUUAGAUUUCUCCUUCCAUCAAAUUGCAAUCAGUAUUGUUAAACACCAUGUGUAAAAAUGUAUAUACAAAAAAUCGGUUCUACCUCCCUCAUUUUUGAAAGAUUCAUAUCUUGUUAUUAUCUCUGUUAGCCGGGCUUACAGCCCAAGACUUGUGUAUCUUCAUUAGAAGAAAAUAAAUUUCUAUCGAUAUGUGAUUAUAUAUAAUAUUAGGAAACAAAAUAGUCAAUAUGUAGAAAGACUGAGAAUAUACUUAAUUUUAAUCUUUAAGAAAAUCUAUUGAUGA